ACUAUAAAGUGAGCUUCAUACUAAACAGAUAUUCUCAUAGCUUUCACAAAAAAAAUGUCUGUUCUUGCCAUUCUAUUCAUUUGUCUGUGCAUGAUAUUAUCCAACUUCAAUGGGAAUAUUACUGAGGCAAAAACAUUCUCAUUUAAGGAAAUAACUGUCAAUGAUAUUCAAAUAGCUUUCAAGCAAAACAGACUGAGCUCAAGGCAACUUGUUGAGUACUAUCUAAGACAAAUUCAAAGAGCUAAUCCAGUUCUUAAAGGAAUCAUAGAAGUGAAUCCAGAUGCACUAUAUCUAGCAGAUAAAGCUGACCAAGAACGUAAAGCGAAGACGCCAAAAUCACUAUCCAGGCUACAUGGUAUCCCUGUUCUUGUUAAGGAUAAUAUUGCAACUAAGGAUAAGCUUAACACAACAGCUGGAUCUUUAGCUCUUCUUGGAUCCAUUGUACCAAAAGAUGCUGGUGUAGUUAAGAAGUUGAGGAAAGUUGGUGCUAUCAUACUUGGCAAGGCAACUAUGACUGAGUGGGCUGCUUUUAGAUCUGGAGAGUUGCCUAAUGGUUGGAAUGGUAGACUUGGCCAAGCUCUGAAUCCUUAUGUAGCAAGUGCUGAUCCAUCAGGAUCAAGCACUGGUUCUGCAACAUCAGUAGCAGCAAACAUGGCAGCAGUAGCACUGGGGACAGAAACAGCAGGUUCCAUUCUAUCUCCGUCAAGUGUUAAUUCUGUUGUUGGAAUCAAACCAACUGUAGGCCUCACCAGCAGGGCAGGUGUUGUCCCAAUUUCACAUAGGCAAGACACUGUUGGGCCAAUCUGCAGGACAGUAUCUGAUGCUGUUGAGGUUCUUGAUGCCAUCGUUGGUUUCGAUCAAGAUGACUCGCCUGCAACGAAACAGGCUUCCACUUACAUUCCUCGUGAUGGGUACCGGCAAUUUCUCAAGGCUGAUGGGCUCAGAGGUAAGAGAUUGGGAAUUACAAAGGACCUUUUUAUCUCAGAUGAUAUCAAAGCUUACCAAAACCAUUUUAACACCUUAAGGCAAAAAGGAGCAGUGUUAGUUGACAACCUGGAAAUACCUAACAUCAACUUGGUCUACACUGCUAUGUUUGAUGCUCAAGACAUAGCACUGACCGCCGAAUUCAAGAUGGACCUAAAUGCAUACCUUAAAAAGUUAGUCCACUCUCGAGUCCGAUCAUUGGCGGAUGUUAUUGCCUUCAACAAGAUUUCAGCUUCGGAAAACGUCAAAAAAUUUGGUCAAGACACAAUGUUGGAAGCUGAGAAGACAAAUGGAAUAGGGAAAUUGGAAAGGGAGGCACUGAAGAACAUAACAAAAGCAUGCAAAUAUGGGUUUGAGAAGAUGAUGAAAGAUAAUAAAUUAGAUGCUUUGAUGUCACCUGGUGCAGGCAUUGCUGGUCUUCUCGCAAUUGGAGGUUAUCCUGGGAUCAAUGUACCUGCUGGUUAUGAUAAAAAUGGAGUUCCAUUUGGGAUUUCCUUUGGAGGACUAAAGGGUUCUGAACCUACACUCAUUGAGAUUGCAUAUGGCUUUGAACAAGCAACUCAUAUCAGGAAGCCCCCUCCUCCACAUCCUCGCUAGGAAUUACAUAUUCAAUUUCAAUCUAAAAUGUAUCCACGUCUCAAGUAAUAUUAUCUACAUCUAUCUGCAGUUUUACCAAGCAUGCAAGAGCUAUUUUACAAUAGAAAUCACAUGCUUUUGUGGAAUCUCUUAACUAUCAUCCUAUAGCAAAAGAAAUAAUCAAAAGAGGUAGCGACAUUGUCCCACAUCCCCACCCUCUCAAUCGCGGAUUCUAACACAAGGAUAACUGCAGAACUGAAAAAGUUACUGCUCUGUAACAGAGUCGGGAUGUAUAUGUACUUUCCAAAUGUCGCUUUUUCUCCUGUCUUGGUUGUAUUUCUUCUUUUCUUGGUUGUUAUUGCUAUGUGCUUUAGGAUUGUGUCACUGUGUGAACAAGGAAUGACUCGUGGCAAGGGUUGUCAUCUGCUUCCUUUUGUGGCUCUACUCCAAUUCUACAAUAUUUCCCGAGACCCCAUUUGUGGGAUCAUAAUGAGUAUGGUGCUGUUGUUGUCCAAUUUUA